AUGGAUAUGGGUGGCGGUGAGGAGAAGCCAGCGCUGGAACAAUACGGUGUUGACCUCACAACGAGAGCGAAAGACGGCAAGCUUGAUCCUGUGAUAGGUCGCGACAGCGAAAUCCAGCGUACGAUUCAAAUUCUUUCGAGACGAACGAAGAACAACCCCGUCAUCAUCGGUAAUGCCGGUACGGGCAAGACAGCCAUCCUUGAGGGCCUAGCACUGCGCAUUGUACAAGGGGAUGUGCCCGAGAGCAUCAAGAACAAACGGGUCGUCAGUCUCGACCUGGGCUCCUUGAUUGCUGGUGCCAAGUUUCGAGGCGAUUUCGAAGAGAGACUGAAGAAAGUCUUGGAUGAGGUGCAGAAGGCCGAGGGUCAGGUCAUUCUCUUCAUUGACGAGCUACACACACUCCUUGGCCUGGGCAAGGCUGAGGGCUCAAUCGAUGCUUCGAACCUCCUCAAGCCAGCAUUGGCCCGAGGUGAGCUCCAAUGCUGUGGCGCUACCACGCUUGCGGAGUACCGGCAGAUUGAGAAAGACGUGGCGCUGGCACGACGUUUCCAGCCCAUUAUAGUGAACGAGCCAUCGGUGGAAGAUACCGUCAGUAUUUUGCGAGGUAUCAAAGAAAAGUACGAGGUUCAUCACGGAGUGCGCAUCACCGACGGAGCGCUCGUCGCAGCGGCCACGCUCUCGAACCGUUACAUUACAGAUCGCUUCCUGCCCGACAAAGCCAUCGACUUGAUGGACGAGGCUUCGAGUCAUCUCAAGCUACAACAUGAGUCGAAACCCGAAGACAUUAUGCGCUUGGAUCACAAAAUUAUGACCAUCCAGAUUGAAUUGGAAAGUCUUCGGAAGGAGAAGGAUGUGGCCAGCAAGGAGCGCCGCGAGAAGCUUGAGGAUGAGUUGAAGAGACACCAGGAAGAGCUCAAGGCCCUCAACGAGCGCUGGGAGAAAGAGCGUGCAGAAAUUGAGGGCGUCAAGAAAGUUCAAGAGGACCUCGACAAGGCCAGGUUCGAACUGGAACAGGCCCAGCGCGAAGGCAACUUUGGCCGAGCAUCCGAGCUGCGCUUUGGCGUCAUUCCCACGCUGGAACAAAAGCUACCCAAGGAGAACGAGACUGAAAGCCCAGGCACGCCGCAGGCUGAUCAGCUGGUCCACGACUCUGUGACCGCGGAUGACAUUGCCAAUGUUGUCUCGAGAAUCACCAGCAUCCCAGUCACAAAACUGACUUCUGGUCAUAUCGAGAAGCUGGUCCACAUGGAGGAUAGUCUGCGCGAGUCUGUCAAAGGGCAAGACGAGGCUAUCAAGGCUGUGUCAGACGCUGUCCGUCUGCAACGUGCAGGUCUGAGCGGCGACAACAAGCCAACAGCGUCCUUCUUUUUCCUCGGCCCUACCGGUGUGGGAAAGACUGAGCUUUGCAAGAAGCUUGCCGGGUUCCUCUUCUCGACAGAGUCGGCGGUUGUCCGUUUCGACAUGUCCGAGUUCCAGGAAAAACACACGAUUUCAAGACUUAUCGGUGCGCCCUCUGGCUAUGUCGGAUACGACGACGCGGGUCAGCUUACAGAGGCUGUCCGCCGCAAGCCGUACGCAGUGCUGCUCUUCGAUGAGUUUGAAAAGGCUCACCGCGACAUCUCUGCCCUCUUGCUCCAGGUCCUCGACGAAGGCUACCUGACCGAUGCACAGGGUCACAAGGUGGACUUCCGCAACACCAUCAUUGUGUUAACGUCGAAUCUUGGCGCCGACAUUCUAGUCGGCCACGACCCUACACACCCUUACAGAGAGACCAAGGAUGGAGACAUUGACCCUUCCGUGCGCGAAGCCGUCAUGGACGUGGUGUCCUCCGCCUAUCCACCCGAGUUCCUCAACCGUAUCGACUCAUUUAUCAUCUUCAAGCGCCUCGCACAGAGCGCUAUUCGUGAAAUUGUCGACAUUCGUCUGCGCGAACUACAACAGCGCCUGGACGACCGACGUAUCACACUGCACACGCCCAGUGAAGUCAAAGAUUGGCUCGCUGAGAGGGGCUACGAUCCUAAGUUUGGUGCGCGACCUUUGAACAGACUCAUCACCAACGAGAUUGGCAAUGCUCUCGCUGCAAAGAUCAUCAAGGGCGAGCUCAAGGGUGGAGAAACGGCCGAGGUGAAGAUCCGAGAUGAUCAGCAAGGGCUGGAGAUCAGUAAUGUUGCCACUGCAGCGCCUUGA